GUUGGGUAUCCAAAUGUUGGGAAAAGUUCAACAAUCAACACACUUUUGAAUGACAAGAAAGUUCCUGUAUCAGCUACUCCAGGACGAACAAAACACUUUCAGGUGCGUGACACUGUUGAAAUAAAAUUAAAAAAGGAUGAUGAAAGUGAGAACGAUGUGCACACUUAUCUUCCAUCUUCUUGUGCCCAUGUUAAUUUCAUGCACUGCAGACUACACAGGCUAUCAAGGGAUCAACUGAUCAAGACAACUUAAAGUACAUGACCCAGCCAAAAUGUUGUCAUAUGUAAUAACAUAAUAACUUACUAUACUUUGUGUAAGGCUGUGAACCAACAAGUCAUGAGGAUAACAUAACAGAAGUUUGGGCUUACAAAUUUCACAGAAAUGUAAAACUGCUUCCAUGAAACACUACAUUCCUCCUUCUUCGUACCUCCCUCAAAAUAUGUUGCUCAUCUUGCCACUACUGAGUUUAGAGUUUGUAAUUUAAAUUGUGGGUGCAUGUUGUUCUAACAAGGAAGUGAUUAUGUUUUAUUUCAGACUCUGUAUGUUAAUGAUGAGGUACUCCUGUGUGACUGCCCAGGCCUGGUUUUUCCUUCAUUUGUCUCAACAAAAGCAGACAUGAUUCUGAAUGGCAUUUUACCAAUCGACCAGAUGAGAGACCAUAUUCCUCCAGUUUCUCUUAUAUCUUUUUCGUCUUGA